AUGUCACCUCUCACACGUGGACAAGUAGCUUCUUACCACGAGAAUGGCUAUCUCCUCCUACGCGCUGACGAGCAUAAACUCGUUGACCCUACAGAACUCAAGCGAUGGGCGCAAGAAGUUCAGGCCUGGCCUCGUGUCAAGGGCAAAUGGAUGCCCUAUGACGAGAUCAACAUUAAUGGCGAACGCCAACUGAUGCGCACGGAAAGAUUUAUUGACUACCACCCGGGGUUCAAGUCACUGGUCUGCGGCGAGCAGCUGGCCGAGAUUCUGAAGGCAGUAUCAGGCGAUGAUAUGCUCCUCUUCAAGGAGAAGAUCAACUACAAACAGGCCCAGGGUAACGGUUUCCAAGCGCAUCUCGAUGCACCAGCCUACGACCACAUCGGCCGCAUCGAACAUGUUACCGCUAACAUUGCCAUUGAUGCUGCGACUCCUGAAAACGGAUGUCUAGAAGUUGUGCGCGGGUCGCACAAGAUGAAAGUUGAAUUUGCGGAAGCUGGGCGAAUCAAGCCUGAAUGGGAGCACGCACACGAGUGGAGUUCUAUCCCACUUGAAGUUGGUGAUAUGCUGAUCUUUGGGUCACAUCUUGCCCAUCGGUCGGCUGAGAACAGGACCGAUAAGAGUCCGUCGAGCCUUUAUGCUACCUUUCACUCUAGGAGUGACGGAGACGAUCUUAGGGAGCAGUAUUACAAGCAUCGAAUGGAGAUGUUUCCACCGGAGCACGAGCGUGAGGAAGGCAAAGAUUACUCUAAAGGCUACGAGACUUAUGGCUUCGCGGCGCCUUUCACCAAAGUCCAAGAAAAUGUCAUUGCGACUGCCGUGGCUUAG